UCUGACAUCGAAAGGGUAUUUUGAGUUAACCAUUAAAUGUUUACUAUUAGUCAUUAAGAAAUUAUAUUGUUUAUUAAUAGUUGGGAAUUUUAAUUCGCUUUAAUGAGCACGCCGCGAACGAUAAUGCCCGAUAAUUAGACGUAGUGACAUACUAAGAGGAUUGGAGUGUUGCAAGUUCGCUUUCGAAGAUACCGUUUUUAGGGUUCGUUUGAUCGAUAAUUGAGAAAUACAAGGAAAAUAUAGAAUGUUCCCAGUGAGAGGAAGAAUAGCUUUGAGUAAUAAAGUUCCUCAUAAUGUAUUGAGAUAUAGUAUUCGAAGAAACUUACGCUGGCAAGUGACUGUUCCAUGCGACACCCAGGUUGGAGGUUAUGUUGCUCUUUGCCGAGCAAAAUAUCCGAAUAAUGUCAAUACUUUCCGUCAUAUAACGAUUGCGGAACGCGACGCAAGUAGUAAUAUUACUGAAGCAUCUGUAACAGAAAUCAGUAGAAUACAAUUUGAAAAGAUCUCGGAUGAAACGCUAGAAUCACUAAGUGAAUAUUUUGAUGAGCUCGUGGAACAGGCAAAUCAUUUACAAGAUGCCGAUGUAUCAUACGGGGAUGGUGUAUUAACGGUCAAAUUUGGGAAACAAUAUGGCACAUAUGUAAUUAAUCGUCAAACACCAAAUAGGCAAAUUUGGCUAUCGUCUCCAAAAUCUGGUCCAAAACGUUAUGAUUUCAUAGAUGACAAGUGGAUUUAUAAGCACGAUGGAAAAAGUUUGCACGCAUUACUUGACAGUGAGAUUCCCAAGAUAGUGCAGUUUCAAACAACUUUCAACAAGUGCUCAUAUAGUGGCCCCAAAGCAACCUGAUUUUAAUAAAUGUAACUAUAGAUAAAUACUUGAAGAACCAUUGA